CAGAUAAUAUUGUAAAUAUCUUAUACUAUUCAUUUUUUGUUAUAAACAAAAAUUGCACGUGAUUAUACGAAUUUGAAAUAUUAAAAAGAUAUUGUAAAAAAAAAUUAAAAAACUUCAAGAUCUUAAAACAAUGUACAUUUUUUAGUUUUAAUAGGAGUAUCGACUGUUUUAAGUUGCUAGUCUCGCACCUAGAAAAUUCUGCUUCUGAUUAUUCUCGUAGAUGAAGGAAAAUGAAAAGAAAAAGCGUUAAUACAGAAGAAGACGAAUUUAUUCGAAAAAAUAAAACCAAUAAAUUAAAUUUCCUCUUCGACAAUGUUCUAAUUCAAGAUAUAAUGCAAUAUCGUGGUCUAACAAAUUACUCGGCAAAAAGAAUACCUUACUCGUCCAAGUCACUGUUCAGAUUCUUUGUCAAUCCUAACGGACUUGAUACUAACGAAAAUUGGUAUUUACGUAUAAAUAGCCUAGUGCAAGAGAAUCCGAAAAUUUUGCACAUUUAUGAUUUACCUGAUUUUCCACCAACACAUUUUUUUAACUCACAUAAUCUGCUUCAACAUCAAGCCAAUUGUAUUACUUCAGUUGACAGCAAAGUUAAAUGUAACUAUCAGAAGUUAAAAGAGACAGACUUAACUCAGACUUGUUUUCAAUUCAACACGAGUCAAAGAAAUGCAUAUGAGAAAAUUAUUGGAUUGUCAUCAUUACAAGAUUUCUCGGUCGUGGCUCUCGUGGGGCCAGCCGGUACUGGAAAAACAAUUUGUCUCAAACAAUUUGUACAGAAGAAUCAUUUGUUUUCAUACAUAACUAUUCAAAAUAAUUUACUGCAAGAUGCAACAAUAAAAUUAGGAUUGAAUCCUCAACGAGUUUUUACUCUCUGUCGAUUUAUCAUGAAUCUGUUUGAUUUAAAUUUUUAUGAACAGUGUACAUUUAACAAUAGUAUCACAGGAAAUCAAGUGCAAAAUUUCUCACUCCUCUUCAAUAAAUUGCCUGUUUCUGUAACAUUUGUAAAAUCAUUGUUUUCAGCAUAUGAUUCAUCGUCAAGAAAUUGUACUCUCUUUUUGUGCAUUGAUGAAUUCUCUAUGAUUUCCUAUAAUAUUUUACAAACAUUGUUAAAAGGGCUUGAACAUGCCAAUAAAUGUUUGAAUGAAGAGGGUAAUGUGUAUAAAUUUAUUAUAAUAUUGUCUGGAGAUUGCCAUCAGAUACAGCCAAUAUAUACAAUGAAAACUGGAUUGAACCAUCGAGAAGUAGUAAUUUAUGAAAGUGAAACAGAAACGCGUUAUGCAAAUCAAUAUAUUUCGAAUAAUUGUCGUAACAUUUUGGAUUUAGUUAAUGAAAAAAUUUUCUUCUAUCAACAAUUACGUAAUAAUGAUAAACGCUAUAUGGAGUUUCUUAAUCGAAUCCUCACUUCCGAAAAUUGGCAACUAGAAAUUAUUAAUUACUUCAAUCGGCGUUGUCUGCAAAAUCGAAUUGACCUACACUAUCCAAUUGCGAAUAUCAUGGAUUUGUCGAGAAAAUCUAAAAACCCUGCACAAAUGGUAAAAUGGUAUCGACAAAAUAAAAAGCACUUUAAUUCAUUUAAUUAUUUUGCCUGGUGUAAUGUCGAUGCUCACUUUAUUAACAUGUCUGUUUUCUACGCAAUUUAUCGCACCUAUUUCUCUAAAAAAGAAGAAACUGUAAAUUUUCAACCACGUCUAGCACCAAUUUAUUUUUACGCCAAUAGUAAAUUUCACAAUGGUUACUAUGAUCGUGUACGUUUACCAUUUUUACCACUUAUUUUAGGUAUGACUUAUAAAAUGCUCAUUAAUAAAACAAAUACACUUUGUCGUGGACAGUUGUUAACUCUUCUUCAUAUUGAUGAUUCAAACGGUGGUGUAUUGACGUGCAUUGAUCGUCAUGAAAAAAUAUAUAAAGUUAUGCCUACUUUCUUUACUAUGAAUCUCUUUUGUGAAGAUGCAUCACAUUUCUUAUUUGAGAAUAUAGAGAAAAUUGCCAUCACUAAUGCACACUAUGCCCGCAUGCAAAAAUAUGGAAAACUAUUUGGCUAUCCAAUGCAAUUGGUUUGUGGUGACACAAUCCGUGGAAGUAUUGGAAUCACAGUUGUUAGUGACUUAUAUGUUAACUUAAACGGUUGUAGCUUGGAGGAAAUUUAUGUUAUUUUGUCACGAACGACAGAUGAACGAAAGAUUAAAGCUGUACUUAUGUCUUAGGAUUAGAUCAAUAAUCAUUUUAAUGAAGAAAUUGAUUGAUUUAAAGAAAUUAUUUCUUUACUUUUUUUAAGAAGAAGAAUUAAGAGAUUAAAUUUAAGGAGGAGAACGUUUUAAUUUGAUACAAAAGUAUUUACAUAUUGGCCCAAAUUAGAAAAUGUUAAUUUAAAUUUUAGUUUGAAUUUUAGAUCAAUUUAUACUACAAUUUACGUUGUGAUUAAAUUAUGCUAAAUUAUACGCAUUUAGCUAUAAUAAAUUCUGUUGAUUUUAAUUAAACAACUUAUUUGUUAAAUAAAAAUGUUUUAAAAAAUAUUCAUCAAGUAUUUUAAUCUUCUUUUAAUAAAUAAGAAUAGUUUUAUGGAAGAUUUAUGUCUGCAAUCAUGCCUCUGAAAUCGGUCGUUAGAGAGUGUAAAUUAGAUCUCAGCGUGACAAUAUUAAAUAAACGAAUGGCAUGGGGAAUGACGAGUUAUAGGUUUUGAAGCAGCAUCUGAUAUAAAAUCCCUUACACCUUUAACAAAGUUACUCAGUAUUAAAGAAACUUUUGAAGGAAAAGUACUUCGUGCCAUUAAGGAAACAAUUUUUUAACAAUUGUAAUUAAACAUUGUAAAACUAUACAUUAAAAUGAAAUACCUAAUAUUAUUGAAAAUAGUAAUAUUCUUCCUUACAUUAACAACAGCGCUUUCAGCAAAUAUUGUACCAAAACUGAAGCAAAGUGAUAGAAGAGCUAUUGGUCUAGUACCUUAUCCAAGAGUAGGACGCAGUCAAAGAAAAAAUUUUACACUCAUUUUAAAAAAUCCAUGGAUUGGCAAAUCAUUUAAACGCUUACUUCAUAUGGAAUUUUUUCCUAAAUUUAAGUAUAAUUAAGAAUGUAAUAUAAUAAUAUUAAAUACAAGUGUUAAAAUAUAAAUCUAAAUUCACAUAAUAAAUACAAUUUAAUUAAACAUU